AUGAUCAUCACACGAACAACGAGAGCACUGGGCCUGCUGGCAUCCAGAGUCGAGUCGACCUCGUAUUCACCACUCUCCAGAUCCGUUACCUGCGGCCAAACGUACAUCCGCACGCUGAGCACAGCGACUACGACUACCAUUCCCUCCUACACCGUGAACAAAGACAGGCUCUGGAACACCAUCCAUGACACCGCACAAUGGGGUGCCACUCCAGAUGGAGGGAUCCGUCGACUGGCCCUGACUGAUACGGACAAAGCCGUGCGCCAGUGGUUCGUCUCCACCACCGAGUCGUUGGGAUGCACGGUCAAGGUCGACCAAAUGGGCAGCUUGUUCGCGACUCGCGCGGGCAUCUCCACUUCCCUGGCCCCCAUCGGAAUUGGGAGCCACCUCGAUACCCAGCCCGCCGGGGGUCGCUAUGACGGGAUUCUCGGCGUGCAGGCUGGCAUUGAGAUCCUGCGGGUGCUCGAGGAAAACGGACACCAGACAUAUGCACCGUUGGCCGUCAUCGACUGGACAAAUGAGGAAGGUGCUCGGUUCAAUACCGGCAUGGUCUCGUCGGGUGUCUGGUCUGGCCGGUACACCCUGGACUUUGCCCACGCCCUGCCAGCCGCCGAGGACAAGACCAAGACGAUGACCUUGAAGAGUGAACUCGAGCGCAUCGGCUUCCUGGGAAGUGUACCCGCGUGGCACGAGGCAAACCCGCUGAGUGCCCAUUUCGAGCUGCACAUCGAACAAGGCCCAAUCCUUGAGGAUGAGGACAAGAAGGUAGGCGUGGUGACGGGCGUGCAGAGUAUGGGGUGGCUCAUCAUCACCGUCCACGGGAAAAACCAGCAUUCAGGCACCUGCCCCAUGGACAGACGGGCCUGUGCUCUGACUUCCGCCGCCCGGAUGAUCUCGCGGGUGGAGGAGAUUGCUCUUGCGGCAAAUGGCCUGUCGACCGUGGGAGUCAUCAACUCGUGGCCUCAAUCCCCCGCCACGGUGCCACACAAAGUGGUCUUCAGCGUCGACUUGAGCCACCACUCCACCGAAGUGCGUGAGCGUAUGAUUGCCGAUACCUGUGCAGAGUUUGCCCGCAUCGCCCAGGCGAACAAGUGCACGGUUGAGAUCGAAGACAUCUGGAACAGCCCGGCCGUACAGUUCCAUGACGAUUGUAUCAGCUGUGUGCGCGAGGCUGCACGGAAUGCGGCUGGAGAAGAGAACGUCAGGGAGAUGAUGGCAGGCGCUGGUCACGACAGCGUGCACACCAGCGACCGGUGCCCAACAAGCAUGGUGUUUAUCCCGUCAAAGGGAGGCAUCUCGCAUCACCCCGACGAGUAUUCUUCACCAGAGCAAUGUGCUCUGGGGGCGCAGGUCUUGCUUGAAAGUGUCCUGCGCUAUGACGAGCGACUGCGGCAGGCUGCACUUUGA